ACUGGGUCACGAUAAUAGAUAUUAACACUUUGUACUCUUUCUGGAUUGAAUUGCUUCUGUUUUGCUUUUAAUGCCCAGACAUCUUAUGUGGAGGUGUGUGGAUAUGCGAUGGUUUCCAGAGUGAAUGCAAGCCCUUUUUUUUGACUGCCAGGCAUAGUGGGUGGUGGUACAGACAGAGGCUUGCCAUGUAAGCUUUGAAAUUGAUCUAGGUGAUGUAAUACGAUUCAUUAAAAAAAUACAUAUAUGCCUUUCCUGAGGAGCAAAGUAGUCCAAAUGAUGUGGGCAGAGAGAGUUGACAAUGACUUCGUCAAGCAAGGUUAUAUCUUUCUGAGAGAUGGAACAUGUCAACAUCCCCAUAUAUGGCAUGCCAGAGGGAGUCCAUUUUCUCACCAACACGAAGCAUUGAAGCAGCAAUGGGAAUCAUCAGUGGCAUCAGUGUUACUCCUCUACUUCUAUUACUUUCUGGUCUUUGUUUUCAGUUUUGCACUGCGACUGACACCAUUACAUCCACCCAGUUCAUCAAAGAUCCCGAAACUAUGGUCUCCAAGGGAAGUCUCUUCAAAAUGGGUUUCUUUAGCCCUGGCAAUUCCACUAAACGCUACUUCGGGAUCUGGUACAACUCCACUUCCCUAUUCACUGUUAUAUGGAUAGCUAACAGGGAAAACCCUCUCAAUGAUUCUUCAGGGAUUGUGAUGGUAUCUGAAGAUGGUAAUCUCCUGGUUCUAAAUGACCAGAAAGACAUCUUCUGGUCAUCAAACGUUUCAAAUGCCGCACUAAAUUCAAGGGCCCAGCUUUUAGAUUCUGGGAACCUUGUUUUGCAGGACAAAAACAGUGGAAGGAUCACAUGGCAGAGUUUCCAGCACCCUUCUCACGCCUUUUUGCAGAAGAUGCAGCUGAGUGAAAACAUGAAGACUGGUGAGAAGCAGGGACUAACAUCAUGGACAAGUCCUUCGGAUCCAUCUGUUGGAAGCUUCUCAACUGGCAUUGAUCCAUCAGAUAUUCCUGAAAUUUUUGUCUGGAACGGCAGUCGGCCAUUCUGGCGUAGUGGUCCAUGGAAUGGUCAGACCUUAAUAGGAGUACCAGACAUGAAUUAUCUCAAUGGAUUUCAUAUAGUUAAUGAUAAAGAAGGUAAUGUUUCCGUCACUUUCGAGCAUGCAUAUUCAUCUAUCUUAUGGUACUAUGUCUUGUCUCCUCAAGGAACAAUAGUGGAAAUAUAUAGUGAUGACGGCAUGAAGAAUUGGGAGAUUACAUGGCAGAGUCGUAAAACUGAGUGUGAUGUCUACGGAAAGUGUGGAGCAUUUGGAAUCUGUAAUGCAAAGAAUUCACCAAUUUGUAGCUGUCUAAGAGGGUAUGAGCCAAGGAAUAUAGAGGAAUGGAGUAGAGGAAAUUGGACUGGUGGAUGUGUGAGAAAAACACCAUUGCAAUGCGAGAAGAUAAAUGGUAGCAUGGAAGAGGGCGAAGCAGACGGAUUUAUUAGGCUAACAACUGUUAAAGUGCCAGAUUUUGCAGAGUGGUCGCUAGCUCUUGAAAAUGAUUGCAAAGAAUUUUGCUUGAAGAAUUGUUCCUGCAUUGCAUAUGCAUAUUAUACUGGCAUUGGUUGUAUGUCAUGGAGUAGGAACUUAACUGAUGUGCAAAAGUUCUCCAGCAAUGGGGCAGAUCUUUACAUUCGUGUUCCAUACUCAGAACUAGAUAAAAGUAGAGAUAUGAAAGUCACUGUUACUGUUACGGUCAUUAUAGGAAUGAUUUUCGUUGCAGUCUUUAUAUAUUUCUCAAGAAGGUGGAUUACCAAACGAAGAGCAAAGAAUAAGAAACGCAAAGAGAUGCUAUCGUCAGACAGAGGAAAUGUGCAUCUAAACGUUUCAGAUGCAAACAUACUUGGAGACAAAAUGAACCAAGCUAAACUUGAAGAACUACCACUUGUUGAUUUUGGGAAGCUAGUGACUGCAACAAACAACUUUGAUGAGGCGAAUAAGCUUGGCCAGGGUGGUUUUGGUUCUGUAUACAGGGGAAGAUUGCCAGAAGGACAAGAAAUAGCAGUGAAAAGACUGUCAAGAGCAUCUGCACAAGGGCUAGAAGAAUUUAUGAAUGAGGUGGUAGUGAUUUCCAAACUCCAACACCGAAAUCUUGUUAGACUCCUUGGCUGCUGCAUUGAAGGAGAUGAAAAAAUGUUGAUCUAUGAAUACAUGCCAAAGAAAAGCUUGGAUGCCUUACUCUUCGAUCCUCUCAGACAAGAAACUCUAGAUUGGAAAAAACGCUUCAGCAUCAUUGAAGGGAUUGGUCGAGGUCUUCUUUACCUUCAUAGAGAUUCUAGAUUAAGGAUUAUACAUCGAGACCUAAAGGCAAGUAACAUUUUGUUGGAUGCAAAUCUGAAUCCUAAAAUCUCAGAUUUUGGAAUGGCAAGGAUAUUUGGAGGCAAUCAGGAUCAGGCCAACACAAUAAGGGUGGUUGGAACAUAUGGCUAUAUGUCCCCUGAGUAUGCAAUGGAAGGGCGAUUUUCAGAAAAAUCUGAUGUAUUCAGCUUUGGGGUGUUAUUAUUAGAGAUCGUAAGUGGGCGAAGGAACAAUAGUUUUUAUCAUGAUGAGCAAUCCUUGAGCCUUUUGGGACAUGCAUGGAAACUAUGGAACGAACACAACAUUGAAACACUAAUAGAUGGAAGUAUAUCAGAAGCAUGCUUUCAAGAUGAGAUAUUGAGAUGCAUACAUGUCGGAUUGUUAUGUGUGCAAGUGGCUAAAGAUAGGCCAUCCAUUUCAACUGUUGUUUCUAUGCUUUGUAGUGAAAUUGCACGUCUUCCUACGCCAAAGAAACCUGCAUUUACUGAGAGACAGAUUUCCAAAGAUACAGAGUCCUCUGGACAGAGCCAAAAUAAUUGUUCUGUCGACAGAGCCAGUAUUACAAUCAUCCAAGCCCGGUAGGAUGUAGGGGACAAUUAGUUGAUUUUUUGUAAUCCAUUUUGAACUUGAUUGUUUAGUGUGGAAGAAUUAGUUGAUUUUUUUGUAAUCUAUAUUGAACUUGAUUGUUUUAGUGUAGAAGAAUUAGUUGAUUUUUUCGUAAUCUGUAUAACUUGAUGGUUUUAGUGUGAACGAUUGAGUUCAUCAGGGUAGAGUUACAAGAAACCAUCCGAUUUGUUGAUUUUGAUAAUUUAUUUCUCAAUAAAGAUCUAUAGACCUUGACUAACAA